AUGAAAGGUUUCUACGGCAAUAUCCUCGUAAACUGCAUGGGGUACGCACAAGGCGGACAAAAUGGCACCGGUCUCCAAACGGGCGCUGAGAUGGCAGCAGCCAAGAACAAUAUGUACGGGCUCCUGAAACUGGUGCAGUUCAAUGUCUUGGAUGACCGGCUUAUCGCAUCGACCGAAAAAGCUAAUACCUUUGAACAUGUUGGCCUUGUUGUUCUUGAUGUUGUGGAAGCGCAGGCGUAUCUUGAAACGCGGAGGACAGGCGCAGGGGCUGAUUUGUUUUGA